CGCCAUCUUGUGAGGACCCGUUGGGUGGGCGGGACGGGGCUUUAAUUUUAAUUAAAACUUUUUUCGGCAUUCAUUAGACUGACUUUUUCUUCUCGAUUGAGAGAACAAAAAAAAAUGGUAAAAAUAUUUAUCGGGAAUCUGCCGCGCAUUGCAACGAAAGAAGAGAUUAAGGAGUUAUUCGAGAAGUACGGCAAACUGACCGAGUGCGACAUCAUCAAGAAUUAUGGCUUUGUGCACAUGGAGGAUAAAGAGGCAGCAGAUGAGGCGAUCAAGAACCUUCAUCACCACAAACUGCACGGGCUUCCCAUCAACGUCGAAGCCAGCAAGAGCAAGGUGAAGACCUCAACCAAGCUGCACGUCAGUAACAUUGGAGCCGAGUGCACGAACCAAGAGCUGCGGGCUAGGUUCGAAGAGUAUGGGCCUGUCAUCGAGUGUGACAUUGUCAAGGACUAUGCCUUUGUGCACAUGGAGCGGGAGGAAGAUGCCAUGGAAGCCAUCCGAGGCUUUGAUGGCACUGAGUUUAAAGGCAAACGGAUCCAUGUCCAGCUGUCGAGGAGCCGGCUUCGGACACAACCUGGGAUGGGCGAGAAAAAUGGCUGUUACCGGUGUGGUAAAGAGGGCCACUGGUCUAAAGAAUGCCCCAAAGAUCGCGGCGGUUUUGAUGGCGGAUUCUCUUGCAACUACCCCCAACCUUACCCAACGCGGCCCAUGUCAGCAUACGGAGAGCGUCCUAUGUACGAUGAGCGGUACGGGAUGGCUCACCACUACGAGAGCUACCCGGCACAGCCAUAUGCAGCGACGGGAGACCCCUACUUUGAUCGGCGGCCAACUCAGCUUGCACCUAUAGGCACUGCGAUGACCAAUUGUGUCCCUGGCGGGUUAGAUCCCUAUGGGAGGCACCCAGUGCCAUCCUCACCCCUUCCCUAUUACAGCCGGGAUAGGAGCCCUCUGCGACGGAUGCCCAUGGCCGCCUCCAGCACCGGAUUUGGGUUUGAUUACACACAAGUCAGUGCGGCACCAAUGUCCACUAGAUCUCCAUAUGACAUACCGAGCACAAUGGGAAAUGCCUACAUGGACCGUUCACGAUACUCUAUGUUUUGAUCCAAAGGUGAGGCACUAUCCUCUUUCCAACUGCAGGUGUGUGUCUGACAUUGCAGGCGCUACUUCAGGCGGCUAUUGCACAAGGAGCUUCAAGGCUCCUCUUCCUCUGUCCCCUUCCUCCCGGGAUGGUUCAGGGUUGGCUGGGAUUCCCAGUGUUAUUUAGUAGGCUUCUGAUGCGCUUCCAUUAAGAUUGAUGUGUGGAUUGGGACCAAUUACACAUUUUAAUGGAAGGAAACCCGUGGAACCAGAGCUCCUCCAUAUGGAGGUGAUAACCGCAGGUGAUCGGGUGCACAUUGACCUGAACAGCAGACUGCACCGUGAUUGAAGUUGACAAGUGCUUAAUGUAUAACCAAAGUGCUAACAGAACCUCGUGCUCUUUAUCUUUAUAUUGAACAGUUGUUUUUCUUUCUCUGCUGCCGAGGAUCUCAGUUCUUUGUGCAUUAGCCACUGAAUGUCUCUGAGUCUGUUAUCGACAUGGCUCGUGUAGGACAGGGUGAAAUGGCUGCGUAUUUCAGGCUACAAACUCGAGGUGAGAUGUGUGCCUCUUUUUUAACAUAUAUAUUUAAAGAAAUCAAAAUUGACAUCCGUGUGUGCUUUUUUGUUUCUUACAGGAAUGAUUAAGUAUUCCCUGAUGAGAGUCGGGUACCCCCAGUAUACGUGCGAAUCUUCGGGUUGUGCGGGACGCGUACAUCAGCGGGAUAUAGCGCAAAGGACGUUUGGUGCGAUACCCCACCCCUAAUUUUUUUUUUAGAAGUAGUUACAGAAGUAAAGUAAAACUCAGUUCUAGACACAGGCUCACUGUAUUCGCAGAGAGCAAUGGCCAAACCCCGCCCCCCUCCUGCUUUCUCUGAAAACCGGGCUUGUUCUGCGUGUUCUAGUUUUAAGUCGUAACGAUUCUUUGUGCUGGUCAGGAGUACAUUGCGCCUCUGUCAGCAGUGGAGAACUUACUCUCUCCUUUUUUUUUAAGUUCAUGCAUUUUCUUGUAUUGAAAACUAAUACAAUAAAUACCAGGUGUUUCACAUUCA